AUGUGGUGGGGGGGGGGUUGGGGUGGAGGGGAUGGGGGUUUUGGUUUUUUAAAUGAAGAGGUUGGUUUUGGUUGGGGUGAUUGGGGGGGUGGGAUUUUGUGUAGUAAUAAGGUGGGGGAGGUGGGAUGUGUUUUAGGUGGGGUUUGGUGGGGGGUUUAUUUUGGGUUGGGGGGGGAGGAUGAGAGGGGGAGUUUGGUGGGGAAAUUGGAGUGGGGGGGUGGUUUGGAGGUUGUGUGUGGGGUUUUGGGAUGA